CUACUGGAACAUGCUGCCCCCUUCUCUCCUUUUUUGACAGACAGCUUUGGGCGUCAGCACAAUUACUUGCGAAUUUCUUUGACCGAGAAAUGCAACCUCAGGUGUCAGUACUGUAUGCCCGAGGAAGGUGUUAAGCUGACUCCUAAAUCAGAGCUACUAACUGCUCAGGAGAUAAUCACCCUAGCCAGACUGUUUGUGAAAGAAGGUGUAGAGAAGAUCCGCCUGACAGGUGGAGAGCCACUCAUCCGUCCCGAUGUGGUUGAUAUUGUGGGCUUUCACAAGGUAAUGGAAGGAAUCCACAAAGCCACUGAACUUGGCUAUCGCCCUGUUAAGGUAAACUGUGUGGUGAUGCGAGGCUUGAAUGAGGAUGAACUGCUGGACUUUGUAGAUUUUACAAAGGACCUGCCCAUUGAUGUGCGGUUCAUAGAAUACAUGCCCUUUGAUGGCAAUAAAUGGAACUUUAAGAAGAUGGUGAGCUACAAAGAAAUGCUUGAUACAAUUAAACAGCGAUGGCCUGAAUUGGAGAGAUUACCCUGUGAAACUUCCAGCACAGCCAAGAGUUAUAAGGUGCCACAUUUCCAGGGACAAAUCAGCUUUAUCACCUCCAUGUCAGAGCACUUCUGUGGAUCCUGCAAUCGGCUGAGGAUAACAGCAGAUGGGAACCUAAAAGUGUGCCUUUUUGGGAAUUCAGAAGUGUCCUUGAGGGAUCACCUACGGUCUGGUGCCUCAGAGGAAGAGUUGGUUCAAAUCAUUGGAGCAGCAGUGGGCAGAAAAAAGAAACAGCAUGCUGGCAUGUUUAACAUUUCCCAGAUGAAAAACCGGCCAAUGAUCCUGAUUGAGCCUGCAUUGAUGUCAUUCCCACUAUGCCAAGAUGCCCUACAGAAUCCCUCAAAUUCAAAACAGCGGGGCCACACAUUUAGCCAUUGGCUGACUUUGAGAGCAAGUUUACCCAGACAAAAGGGGAAAACAUUAAUGAAAAAUAAGCUUACAGGACAACUUUUCCUGCCAAGAUUUCACCCAGAGCAACAGUGGCACAUAACAGGAAUUCUACAAACCCAGCUCAGAGGCUACUGUGUCUUCCAGAAGGACCCAAGCUCCACAUUUGAUACAAAGUGCCUUGACACUUCUCUUGUUGGCCAAGUUUCUGUGGACUGUCAGUCCAAAGAGGCAAGUUCAGGAUCGGAAUUCUAUACCAUGGAUUUGGGAUCUUGCACCAAGGUACCUCAUGCCUCUGACAACUUGACUCACACUGAUGAGGAAGGACGGGCCACAAUGGUUGAUGUUGGAGGGAAGCCAGAUUCAAGAAGAAGUGCUGUUGCUGGUGCUGUGGUCCUGCUGGGUGAGAAGGCAUUUGGGAUGGUGAGGCAAAACCAGGUGAAGAAAGGGGAUGUGCUGGCAGUAGCCCAGAUUGCAGGGAUUCAGGGAGCCAAGCUGACCAGCCAGUUGAUCCCGUUGUGUCACAACAUCCCGCUCUACCAUGUUGAGGUGUCUCUGAGUCUGGAUGAGGCUAGAUAUGCAGUGGUGAUUCGCAGCUCCUGUCAGACCUGGGGGAGGACAGGUGUGGAGAUGGAAGCUCUGACAGCUGCCAGCCUGACUGCCCUGACGGUGUAUGACAUGUGCAAAGCAGUUACUCAUGACAUUGUCAUCGAAGAUGUGAAGUUGCUUAGUAAGACAGGUGGGCAGAGGGGAGACUUCUCAAGGGUCUAGGUAAUAUUCAGAUACCUCCAGCCCUCCAAAUGACCACUGCUCAUGUUCAGCCUCUUACAGAACUACUUUUUCUCAUCUGGUGGGAUUGGAGACAUCAGCAGGUGUACAGUACAGCAACCCCAUGACUCCAGCAUUGCCUUACUCUGUCAGCUUACUGCUGGGUGACCAGUGAAGCCACUUAUCCCUGUUAAAAACCAUAUGUGUUUUCUAGAGGACAAAUUUCUCUGCUCUGCCAAUACCUCCAUUUCAGUGUCCUCACAAUGAGCUUGAGGAAAGAUGCGUGGUUAUACCACAGAGGUUUUUGGUUUGAGUUUUGGUGGAUUUUUUUCCUUUGUGCUGUGAAAUACUGACACCUGCUGUAAUCACACCAUGCAACUGUGAGCUCUGGAAAUGAAGCUAGUGCUGAAAGUGCUGUUAUUUGGCAACUAUUUUUAAGACAAGGAUUAAGAUUUCAGAAUUCUGUCUAUCUGCCUGUUCUCCUAACCUCCUUGGUUGAAUUUAGAAGGUGGCAGUGAGAAGAACAUAGCUGAGGAACCUCACCAUACAGCAGAGAUUAUAACCAUGGAACAGUCAGGGUCAGGUGGCAGCUCCCAUCCCUUUGCAUUGCUACUGCCUUCCUUCACAGAAUCAAAAGAUCUCAGAAUGGCUAAGACUGGAAGGGGCCACACUGGGUCAUCUGAUCCAACCUCCCUACUCAGGCAGGGUCAUCCUAGAGCACAUUGCACAGGACUGCAUCCAGAACGCAGUAUCUUCAGCAAGGAAGCCUCUACAACCUCUCUGGGCAAUCUGUUCCAGUGCACGGUCACCUGCAUAGUAGUUCUUCUUCAUAGUCAGGUGGAACUUCCUGUUCAUCAGCUUCUCUCUGUUGCCACUUAUUCUACUGUUCAGCAUCACCAAGAACAGCCUGGCUUCAUCUGCUUGGCACUCCCCCCGUUCCAAUACUUAUAGACAUUGAUGAGAUCCUCUCUGUCACCUAUGGCAGCUGCCCAGUUCUCUGCAAAACAUGAUGCAGAAACAGGAAUUCUAGGCUUGAAAGAAUUAUUUUGCUGAUCUGAAAGACAUGUUUUACAACGUUAGAAGCAUGUUCUGGCAUUUUGUCCUUAGCACUGGAAUACAUUGAUGCCCUGCAUUUGCAUGCUUAAGGGCUUAAUUGUGCUGUGCACAGAAGUAGGUAUCAGCUCUCCCUGACUUUAGAAAGAGAUGUUACACCAAACCCUAGAAGACUCCAAAUUUUUUAAUUCUACAAUGCAGUUCCUAGUAACCAGCAACCUGCAUAGUCCUGACAGAUAAAACAAAGUUAAUACUAGUAGCCACUUGAAAGAGUAAGGUAAUUGCUUUUGCCUUGGCCGGAGUGUUUUCCUGCAUGUUUCUCUGAUUUGCUUUCGUGAAGUCUUCUGGCCUUGGAGCACUUGAGUGUCUCCAUAAAUAGAGCAGUGGCCACUGUCACGUAACAUUAAAUAGUUUUGAUAAUUGACUGUCUUAGAUAAGAAAUUACUCAACAUUCUUGUUAAUACUGACAGAUCCUUUUCAGAUGUUAAUUUAAAUGCUUUAAACAGGGUGUUACUAGUUUACUACUGCUUAUGGGUUAUGUGAAGUUGCAUAUGAUUCAGGGUGCUUCCUCUCCAUAUGCACAGAGUUGAAGACAGCUCUAAUAAGGUCAAAGACUCUACAAAAAAAAGGGCAUCUUAAGCUUUGCAAGUAGCUGCUUCUCAUGAAAUAAGGUUAAAUUACUGUGAGCAUUAUUAAAGCACAUACCACACUGCCAACACCCAUCGUGCUCACUUAAAGUAAGCACAGGUCUAAGAUGAGGAGGCAAUAGGUUUUACUACAGAUCUUGUACACGAGCUAUCACAAAAGGCAUUUUUUUCCAUUGCAGGUGAAUGAAUUUGAUUCUUCAUUCACUGUCACUGGGAGAUAAGGCACAUACAGUGACAGACAUAGCAGCUAUAGCUGAAAGGGAAAGGAGUCUGGAAAACUUGAUGCCAAAAUUCCAUGAACAUUUGUACACCUACAUUCAGUGUUACAGUCCUGACUCCCUUGAUAUCACUGUGCUUCUCAGGAGCGUACCUAGCACUGCCGUACUGAGCAACAACAAUUUCUCCCUGAUCCUGCAAAUACAAGAGACUGUGUUCAUCUGUGAAAUCACUGUGCCCAUAGCACAAAAGUCUCCUUAGCUCAGCAUGGAAACAAAUUGCCAGGAAAAGGAAGCACAUGUGUAACCUGUUAACUUAUUUACACAAGCACUUACCUGCACUCAGCAUACACAAAGCACCCAAACUUUCACCCAGUCUCUAGAUAAUUUUGAAAGUGAAAAGGAAACUAGAUGUACUCAGUAGUAAUAAACUGAUGCUUUAGGCACAUGAUUCUCUAGCUGAUGCUAAGUUUGCUGUCAUGCUGUAAACCUCACACAAAGGACUCAGGACCAUACAAGGGACUACUGAAGCACACACAUGACCACCAAGCACAUCUUGCUACUUACGCACAUUUCACUACUUUGUUGGUUUGAGAGUGGCUGGAAGUGUAGGGCAAACUGACUUUGGUGCCAUUUUAUGCUCAUGUUACAUUAUCAAGUCUUUAAACUAUGCACAUUUAUAGGUAAUGAACCAAGCAUGAGUCAACAGAACAUUUUGUGAGAGAAAUGAGUUGAGAGCGCUGUAUGUUUCAGUGGUCCUGGGUGGGCCAUGGUGUAAUAUAUGUUGAUGAACUGACUACUUUUUGGAGGCUUGCUUUUUUUUGUCCACUGUAUUUUUAAUAAAUACUAGUUGUAAUGGA